UUUUAAAUAGAAUGCCUUUAAUGUUUUAGAUUAAGAGGAGCAUUCAAAACCAGUACUGGAUACUGGCCCUUUUUUUGAGGAUUACAAUGAGUGACUUUUGUGUUUUUACAUUUUGCAGCAUGGCAAGAGUCUUUGCAGGACUGUGCAGGGACUUCUCUGGGAAAACAAGUGGACUGUGCAAUGGUUCAACUGCAAAAAACUUAUUUUUUGACUAACAAAGGAACUGCAGUCAAAUUUUAUUAGUUAUUAAUACAGAAAACUACUGAAUGUUGAAUGUUUUGCAGCUAAUUGUCUCGGUUUUUUUCUGUAAAUUCAUUGAGUGGCGUAGGCUUGAAGAGAUUAUGCUUUUAUUCUGAAAGUGUCAACCGGAAAUCUAGGGCGCUCUUCUAUUCCUAACAUAAAUAUAUCUUUAUUAAGGCUUUCUCUGUGUUUUCACCCAGUAAGAGAGUUAAGUUAUCUAACAUUAAAUCCAUACAUUCAGCUACCGCUAGUUUGCAGUCUAACGUACUGGUAUUUUAAAUAACUCAGACGUUAAACGCUGCGGUGAUGCUCGCGUUUGAGGCAGCAAAUUAAAAAGGAGACAACGGUACAUAUACAUUACACGUCAAACGGCCAUUGCGAGCCGACCGACCGUUGGUGUACUAAAAGUCUGCCGUUACCGCCAAACCGAGGCUGUAAAAUCAAAAGUAAGCGCAGCCAACUUGUCAGAAGCAGCACAUGGCCGUAGGAUAAACUGUCAACAGUACGCGCAGGUGCUUCCACUUGCGUCCACCUUUUUUGUGCUCGGCUCGUCGGUGUUAACGGACCGUAAUCUGGCUAACGGCGAGAGGUGGUGGUGGUGGUGGUUAACGGUUGAGGCCAUGACGAGGUCAACUGACUGUUCCUGUCGGUCACGGGGCUUUUUAUAGCUAACGCUCGCGCAGUACCUCCAGGACCGUUGACUUCGUGUUGGACCACCGAGGAGGACAGCGCGCGACCUUGGGGACGUUGCCAUGGAUUUGACGCGGUUGGCGGUGGAUGCUGGGCAGUUCAUCAACCGGGCGGUUCAGUACACGGGGGAGAGUCUUGGCCAGGCGGACAAGACAGAGUUGGACCCCGGGCUGGAGGAGCUGCUGGCCCGUGCAGACGCCACUAAGACCUGGACAGAGCAGAUAAUCUCCCAGACGGAGGUUUUACUGCAGCCCAACCCCGGAGCGCGGUUAGAGGACCGGUUGUACGAGCAUCUGGAAUGGAGCGCCCCACCUCGGCCUCGUGCACACGAGGUACUGGGAGACCAAAUGAUCCAGGCUGGGCUGGAGAUGGGGUCCAACACACCCUAUGGAAUGGCAUUGGUCAGGUGUGGAGAGGUUCAGAAGCAGCUUGGCGAGGCAGAGAAGAAGUUUGUCCAAAGCGCUAACAUCCACUUUCUCACCCCUCUGAGGAGUUUCACUGAGGGGGAAUACAGAGCCAUACAGGAUGAGCGCAGGAUGUUGGUGAAUAAGCGUCUGGACUUGGACAUAGCUAAUACCAGAGUGAGGAAAGCCCACGAGGCUGACCGAGAGGCCAGAAACCUGAAUGCAAACCCGUGGGAUGACGACUACAUGUCUCAUGUCUCCUACAUGUUCAGCUUCCUCCGUGUUAAAUGGCUAAAGAUGUGGGCUCAGGAAAUCGCUCAAGCAGAGAUGGAGCUUAGGAUCUGUCAGAGUCUGUUCGAUCGGCAGUCAGAAAUUACAAGACGGGUUGCGGAAGGAAUCAGCAACACUCAUACAAACCACAUGCGGAGCCUGACUGACUUUGUGGAGGCUCAGGCGUGUUACUUCGACCAGUGCAACCAACAUGCUCAGGAGUUUCAGAAACAGCUAGCCAGCAGCAUUCCAGCUGUCCUCUGCUCCAAUAACUGGCAGUCGGCAAUUAGUAAUGCAGGUAAACAGCCAUCAACAAGCAACCAUGUAGCCAAUGAGCCUGUCGAGCCCAAUCAAGUCAUUCCAAUCCCAGUAGUCGUCCACCAACUUCCAGAAUUCGACCAGGACUCAUGGACCGUAAAUCCACCGCACCCAACCGAAAGAACAACAAAAGAUUCCUCUGUAACCACACAGCCACCUGAUCAGACAAAUAACAACAAUAACAACAAUACCUUCUUUACUGAAGGCCAGGCAAGCAGCUAUUAUUCGGCAGCCAAUCGAGCAUUUGAUGAUGUCCGAACAUCGAAUUCAGAUGGUCACCCAAUGGCUCCGAUCACAGCACUCAGCAGAACAUCUGACGGAGCAACAGCUGCAAUAACCAAUGGUGCAGGUAGUCUGACAACAAUAACAACAACCGCUUCCCCACCUUCUGAACUCAGUGGAACAUCAAACGAGUCUCACACAGAAGAUGCAGUAGCUACUGAGACCUCAACAACAAACGGCGUGGCCGCUGAUCCCCAAACAGCCCAUAAAUCCGCAAGUGAGCUGGCCACCAUUAAUGGAGAAGAUGUCCAGGAGUCUUCGACUGACAGUCAGUCUGUGGUUCAGUAGAGACUAAUGUCUGGCAGGCGAUUUGAAACCAGGCCAAAGACAUAUUAGCUGGGAUUGGAGCUUCAGCUGAUUUAGACCAGUGAUAAAUGUAGAUCCGAAAAUAUAUACACAGACACACAAUCAUUAUAAUAUGGUACAGUAAAAGUUAAUUAAUCCCAUAGGGAAGAUAAUGUGAAGUGCUUAUUUUUCUAAAUGCGACAUAGUGCCACAGUAAUUUUAGCCUUUAGCCAUGUUCAUAUAUUAUUCACGUUGUAUGAAGAUGAUGACUGUUGAGUAUCUGUCCCUUGUUGUGGCAAUGGAUGUAAUGGAUGUCUACCCUGUAAUAUUUGCUAGCCUCUGGCUGGGAGGCGACGCCUGACUUGACAUUUUAAUAUUUGCAGUGUGCGAUUGUGACAAGUUGUUUUCAGUCUGUGAAACUAAAUCUUUAUUUUUACAUUUAGCGAAAUGAAAGAACUAACGAAGCUUUGUGCCAAGUGUAUGUGUAUCUGUGUUGGUGUGAAAACAUCAGCUCAUGUGUGAGUGUCUCUGUGUGUUUGUUGUGUUUAUGAAUGUCAGUGACCCAUGUGCACUCAUGUGUGUUUACAGUUUCCCCAAACCUGACACCUUCAAAGAGAGGUGUUUGUGUGUGUGUGUGUGUGUGUGUGUGUGUGUAUAUAUGUAUGUGUGUCUCAGCCACCUCUCGACUUGUGUUUCUACAAGUUGAGGUCAUUUUCCAUAUAAAACAUGUCACUUAUAUGUGCGUUGGGUAGUCCAGCGAGGUGACAAAACACCAAGCUGAACAGGACCUUUAUGCUGUGGUAUAAAAUAUGUUUCCUCAUACAUACUCUGGGUGUUUCCCCCUUUACACGCAGUCAAAUCACAUAUUCACUUUUACCCUUUUACCCCCUUAAAGCCCCCCCUAGGUGAAAUGGGCAGUUUCCAUUUCCAGAUGUUGUUAAUUUUCUUCAUGAGGGCUGCCCUGCUCUACUGUGGUGUGGGUCCACUCUGGGGACCCUGGAUGGAAACACACAUAUUAAUGUAGCACUGGCCUUACUGAUGUAAUCACCCACCAGCUCUAAGCUCUGCGCUUUUCUCCCAAUAUGUAGGGAUGUGUGUAUGUAUGGAUAGCUGUAAUAUCCACAAGUCUAGUUGCUGCCAGUUUUAAACUGCGCGUAAAUGCAGUAAUAAUUCAGUCACAUAUUGUACAUUGAGCUGAUGUCAGUGCGAGGUUGGACUUUUGCCUUGAUUCAUGUGAAAAUGUGGAAAUAAAUGUUGCAAACAGUGA